GAUUGUCGUGUGUGAUUUAUUCUUCAAUUAUUGGUUCCUCUUUUUGGCCGGUUGAUUUCUUCUUAUUUGCUUUUCGUUUGUUUGUGUGGUUCUGGAGUUAUUUGGAUUGGAUUUUGAAUUUUCCAGUGGGUGGAAUAGCCAUUGUUCGUGAGUGGAAAAUUUUCGUCCAACUUUAUUAUUUUUUUUUUAGAAUUUGUUAUUUUCUGGGACUAGGGUUUUGAUUUUCUUGUCUGCAAAAAACUGUUGAUUUGAGUAGAUUUUAGGAUUGGGUGAGUGAGUGAGAGAGUUGGUUUAGUUUGAGGAUUCCGUCGAUUUAAUGGACUCUUUUCUUAGAAUUUUAGCUAAGUCUCUUCUUGUGGUAUUGUUGCGUUUGGCUGAUUACUGUUUCUGCGAGUGCAUUUCCUUAAUAGUGCAUUAGUUUCAUUUCUGAUUUCGAGCUCGGCUUUGUUCUGUUGGCUUAGUCGGGCAGAGUACAGCUUAUUGAUGUUCUUGGCGGGACAAUUCAAGUUUUUAUCAGAAAGAAUUUGCCCAAUCUGAUAUCCCCCUUCAUUUGAUCUUCCUAUACUAUAUGGAAAUUGCUGGCUUCUUUGAUUAGAAACAGAUUUCUUUAUGCGGUGGGAAUUAAAAGCUUUGGAAAGUUGGAUAGCAUGGGGUCAGAAUCUGAAAAUGGGAUUCGACUAGAGCCUGGAGCACAAAGCAUUCCUGCUUCCACGGUCUCUUCUCAACCUUGGUGGCGGUAUAAUGCUGUCCCUCCAACUGCAGUAGCGGAGAAUGCAUCAAAAUCUCCUUCAGUGGAAGACAUAAAUGGAGGGUCAGGGAGCAAAACAAGCCAAUCGCAAGCCAAAGUUGGGCUGGAGAAGGGAGCCAAUGUUAGUAAAGAAACACAGACUUCUAUGGCACCACCAUCUGGCUCAGAUGGAACACCUCCAACAAUGGGUGAAUGUCUUGUGUCACAUACCCAACUUGAACUUGUUGGUCAUUCAGUUGCAUGCGCUCCAUUUACAUAUCCUGAUCCUUAUUAUGGGGGAGUAGUGACUGCGUAUGGAGCUCAAGCUUUGGCACAUCCUCAUUUGGUUGGAAUGCAUCACAGCAGAAUGCCAUUACCCCUGGAAAUGGCAGAGGAGCCUGUUUAUGUGAAUGCCAAGCAGUACCAUGGAAUUUUGAGGCGGAGACAAUCACGUGCAAAGGCUGAACUAGAAAAGAAGCUGAUAAAAGCUAGAAAGCCUUACCUUCAUGAAUCUCGGCACCAGCAUGCUAUGAGAAGAGCAAGGGGUUGUGGAGGUCGUUUUCUCAACACAAAGAAACUUGACAGUAAUGACACUAAUUACACACCUGAGAAGGGAACAGUUUCUGGUGUGGCCCCCUCUACCCAGUCAGCUAGUUCCUCAGGUUCUGAAGCAUUGCCAUCUCAGUCAACUGCAAACGUAGGUUCUUCCAAUAAUCAGAAAGAAGAUAAGGGGCCUAUGAAUCAGGAUAUGUACUCCAGUGGCAGUGUCUGCUACCAACCUCAUCAGGGCUUCUCGCUUUCUAAAUUUCAUUCACUCACAGAGGAAAGAGGGGAGGAAGGAGACUGCUCGGGCCAGCAGCGGGGAAGCAUAUAUGUGAAUCAGGCCCCAAACAGGGUCCUCACCAUCCAGUGAACACCCCUUGUGAGGGGUCCAAGGGUCUCUCCAGUAUCAUUAUAUAUGUCCUAUCACUGCUAUCUUUCAAACUGGUCUAGUGCUUUGGUCAUUUGCAUCCUUGUUAGUGUCAAAUGUGUUCAUGUUUCGAGAGAGAUGUCUCCAGCAUGUUACCUUGGACCGAACAUGAGAGGAAAUGAUAGGAAGGUGAUACUGGAGGCAGAGAGGCCCAUCCAACCAGAGAUGGGAGAGGGGAACCCUGUUUUUCUGGUGUUUGUAAGGCAAUUCAUUCUUGGCUUGGUUGUGUGUUUUUUCGGGGGAAAGAAAAGGGGCAGGGAGAUAUGGUAGCUUUGUGGUUUGUAAGUCCAGCAAGGUUUCUAGUCUUCCUUUAUUCGCCAACUUUUUUUCCUGUACAAAGUUAUGUAGAAUUAAAUGUGAUGGAUAUGAAGGGAGGACAAACAUGAAACACCCCCUAAAUUUCUUAUGGCCAAAAACAUUUUGGUUUGGGGAUUUCGCACUGUUAAAGCAUGAUCUAUGUAUGUAUAGACCUCUUUGAUUAACAGAAGUCUUGGGUCUGUGUGGUCA